AUGCGCAGCGUCAUCCUGGUCCUGUUGGCGGCGGUGGCGCUCGCCGCCACUGCGUCUGCCACCGACUGCACCGUGAUGCCCGGCUGCACCGCCUGCACCGACUUCAUACCCAACAUCACUGCCCCGGGUGCUGCCUCACACCAAAUUCACAAGUCGUUCCACGGCCUCCGCCGCCUGCUGCAGCCCAGCUCCGGGGAGGGCUCCAGGGGCGGCCCUGACGCCCUCGAGGGCUCCGAUGGCCCUGACGGCUCCGACGGCUCUGAUGACGUUGACGGACCCAGCAGCUUGAGCAGUCCCAGGAGCUCCAGUGGCCGCACCUCCAAGAUACGCGGCCACCGCGACAGCUUUGGCAACUUCAGUGGCCCCACCUUUGCCCCCAACUUCACGCGCAUCACAUGCACCGCCUGCGACACCGCCGGUUACAAGCUGGAUGCCCAAAAGGGCGUGGCGUGCGCCGAUGGCUAUGUUUCUGGGCCCCUCGCCCCUCGCCCGGCCAUCCACGGGGGCCACCGCAACCUGUUGCAUGGGGGCCACCAUGGCGGCAUGUUCUGUGUAGCCUGUGUCAAUGGAACCAGCAACGUCGACCACACUGCAUGUGUGAAGCGUGCGGACGCGGCUAUUCUUGUUGCCGAUGGGUGGUAG